UUCAAACUUUAUUGAUUCCGGUGUUGCUGUGUUGGCGCUCAGACCCUUCUGAGAAGAGAAACUUUUCACAUAUUUGCUUCUUCCACUGUUCUGUGAAACUGCCCUAGGUUAGCUCAGUGAAGAAUCCAUACAUGGAUCCAGAUUCAGUUAAAUCGACUCUCUCCAAUUUAGCUUUUGGAAAUGUAAUGGCAGCCGCUGCUCGCGAUUAUCAAAAGGAAUUGGUUGCUCAGCAGAAGUCGCAGGCAUCAAGCUCUGUCAGCCAAGAGGUUGAUCUUGAUGAAUUGAUGGAUGAUCCUGAGUUGGAAAAGUUGCAUGCAGAUAGAAUUGCUGCUCUCAAGAAAGAAGCUGAGAAGAGAGAAGCAAUGAAAAAGAAAGGACAUGGGGAAUACAGAGAGAUAACUGAGGGAGAUUUCUUGGGUGAAGUCACUGGGAGUGAGAAAGCCAUUUGCCACUUCUAUCACCACGAAUUUUAUCGCUGCAAGAUAGUGGAUAAGCAUUUGAAGUCCCUUGCUCAGAGGCAUCUUGAUACAAAGUUCAUCAAGUUGGACGCCGAGAAUGCACCAUUCUUCAUCACCAAGCUAGGAAUCAAAACUUUGCCUUGUGUCAUACUCUUCAGAAGAGGGAUCGCAGUAGACAGGCUAAUUGGAUUUCAAGAUCUCGGAGGGAAAGAUGACUUCAGCACAAAGGCGCUUGAGAAUCUGCUUAUCAAGAAGGGUUUUAUUAGCGAGAAGAAACAAGAUGAAGAUGAGGAAGACGAUGGUAAUCAUGAAAAUAGGCGCUGGGCAGUGAGAUCCUCAGUAAAUUCUGAUUCCGAUUCUGAUUGAGAAUGAUACCUUAGUUAAACGCUCAGGAGUUUAAUGAAUGCAUAAUUAUUUUCACUACAUUGUAUUUUUCGUAAACGAAAUUGAGCGCCACAUGUUCAAUCCAUAUUUAUUCAAGAGGUCUCAGAACAAAGUAACUUCUUGAAUUGAGUUGAGUGAAAGUUCUGAUGGCAAAUUCGAGCAAUUUGUUGCAUGGCUUACAGAUGCAGUGGCAAGCUUUAUUACACCCUAUAUAACUAUGUUGUGGCAAGCCGCCUUACAUUUUUUUUCCCCUUUUCCAAAGAGAAUUUGCAUCUCUUUAUUGAUCAAUUUAUUUGUUAUGCACGUCAGCUUUUGAAAGAA